AGUGGGUUUGGCUCCGGGGUUCAAUGGAAACUGGGUGAGCGCCGGGCUGUGCCGAGCACACGCCGGCUGGAGGGGACGGCGAGCGGGCGGGAGGCGGCAGGCAGCGCCGCGCCGCGCUGAGCCGAGCCGAGCCGAGCCGAGCGAAGGAGGGACUCGCCGGGCACGGCCGCCACCAGCCCUCCCCAAUCCUCCGUCAUCCUUCCCGCCGCGGCCGCCUGGCCCCCUGACAGCCGGCGGAGCAGCAACCCCACACGGCCCCCGUCCAGUCAGGCACAACUGAACCAUGGAGCUUCGAGUGGGGAACAAAUACCGGCUGGGCAGAAAGAUCGGCAGCGGUUCGUUUGGAGACAUUUACCUAGGAGCCAAUAUUGCGACUGGUGAAGAGGUGGCCAUCAAACUGGAAUGUGUCAAAACCAAGCAUCCCCAGCUCCACAUUGAAAGCAAGUUCUACAAGAUGAUGCAGGGAGGAGUGGGUAUCCCCUCCAUUAAGUGGUGUGGAGCAGAGGGGGACUAUAAUGUGAUGGUGAUGGAGCUCUUGGGGCCCAGCCUGGAAGAUCUCUUCAACUUCUGUUCCCGCAAAUUUAGUCUCAAGACAGUUCUGCUCCUGGCAGACCAGAUGAUCAGCCGUAUUGAGUACAUUCAUUCCAAGAACUUCAUCCACCGGGAUGUGAAGCCAGACAACUUCCUUAUGGGCCUCGGCAAAAAAGGCAACCUGGUAUACAUCAUUGAUUUUGGUUUGGCCAAGAAAUACCGAGAUGCCCGGACCCACCAGCACAUCCCCUACCGGGAAAACAAGAAUCUGACUGGCACAGCCCGUUAUGCCUCUAUCAACACCCACCUGGGAAUUGAACAAAGUCGCCGUGAUGACCUGGAGAGCCUGGGCUAUGUGCUCAUGUAUUUCAACCUGGGCUCGCUGCCCUGGCAGGGCCUCAAGGCUGCCACCAAGCGCCAAAAGUACGAGAGGAUCAGUGAGAAAAAGAUGUCGACGCCCAUUGAAGUGCUCUGCAAAGGGUACCCUUCUGAGUUCUCAACAUACCUCAACUUCUGCCGCUCACUGAGGUUUGAUGAUAAACCUGACUACUCGUACCUGCGGCAGCUCUUCCGCAACCUCUUCCACCGCCAAGGCUUCUCCUAUGACUACGUCUUUGACUGGAACAUGCUUAAAUUUGGAGCAGCCCGAAACCCUGAGGAUAUGGAUCGGGAGCGGCGAGAGCAUGAGCGAGAAGAGAGGAUGGGGCAACUCCGGGGGUCAGCCACGCGAGCGCUGCCCCCCGGCCCGCCUGCUGGAGCCACUGCCAACCGUCUUCGUAAUGUCACCGAGCCCAUGGCCUCCACCCCUACCUCCCGAAUCCAACAGUCCGGAAACACGUCCCCCAGAGCCAUCUCAAGAGUGGACAGGGAGCGGAAGGUCAGCAUGAGAUUACACCGAGGAGCUCCUGCCAACGUCUCCUCAUCUGACCUCACAGGACGGCAAGAAGUGUCACGGAUUUCAGCAUCACAGACAAGUGUGCCAUUUGAUCACCUUGGGAAGUGAGGAGCAAUUGCCACUGGACCAGUGUUUGCUUAGUGUCUUCACUGUAUUUUUCUUUUAAAAAACAAAAAACCCAAAAAACAAACAAAAAACUAAAAAAGACAAAAAAACAACAAAAAAAACCCCGACAGAAUUUCUUUUUGCCAACGACGAGGAGUCGAGCUGUGCCCCUGCGCUGGCAUGAGCCGUUUGAGAGGGCCGCCUGCGUCCCCCAGCGCGAGCGCCUCCGAGAAGCUUGACGACGCGGGAGCCGUGCGGGAACACCUCCGCUGCCCCCCCAGCCCUACCCCGGCCCUACCACUGCCCACACUGGCUACCCCCAGUUCCCUCUCCUGAGUCUCUGCUCCUGGUUUUGGUUUCUCUCUUUUUUUCUUUUCUUUUUUUUUUUUUCCCCCUUCUUCUUCUUGGAUAUCUUUUCCUGCUUUGUUUUUUUUUUUUUUAAUUAUUAUUUUUAAAUCAUAUGGUUUCUAGCCAUAUAAAUUUUAACUUUGCUCUCCUUUUUUUCUGAGG